AUGCCUACACUAUCUCUCGUCAAUUUCAACAUUGUCUGUGCCACUCUAGGAGGCUUCAUUUCCCUCUUCGGACUCGUCUCGUAUCUGCUGAAAGAGAAGGCCUAUUUAUCCGAAGCACUCCUCUCGACCGUCGCUGGAGUAAUAUUCAGUCCACAUGGCACAAAUUGGGUACGGCCGCUGGAUUACGCACAUGGCUCAGAAGUCGAUUUGGAGACGAUAACACUCUACUUCACCCGCCUGGUGCUGGGAGUGCAGCUGGUUCUCGCUGGCGUGCAGCUGCCCAGCAAGUACUUGCGAACCGAAUGGAAGAGCUUGUCGAUUCUCCUCGGGCCAGGCCUAACGAUCAUGUGGCUGUGCACCUCGCUCCUUGUGUGGGCUAUGGUGCCGGAUAUCGACUUUGUUAUGGCCAUGACUGUCGGAGCCUGCGUGACACCUACUGAUCCAGUCUUGUCGAACUCCAUUGUCAAGGGAAGAUUUGCGGAUAAGAACAUUCCUCCUGCUCUCCAGAAGAUCAUCAGUGCAGAGAGUGGUGCAAAUGAUGGCUUGGGCUAUCCGUUUCUCUUCCUCGGCUUGUACUUGCUCAAGUAUGCCGGAAACGGCGGUGCUGGGGAGCACGGUGGUCUAGGUCACGCGUUUGCACUUUGGUUCUACGAAACAUGGGUGUAUGAAAUCAUCCUCUCCGUGGUCUAUGGUGCGACUGUUGGCUGGAUUGCAAAGGAACUCUUACACUGGGCGGAAGAACGACGUUAUGUGGAUAGAGAGUCCUUCCUCGUUUUCGCCAUCUCACUCGCUCUUUUCAUUGUAGGGACAGCUGGGUUGUUCGGCUCUGAUGAUGUGCUUGCGUGCUUCAUUGCUGGCAAUACCUUCACGUGGGACGACUGGUUCCGGCUAGAGACCAAGGAUGAUUCUCUCCAGCCCACGAUCGACAUGUUACUUAACGUCACCGUGUUCAUCUGGUUUGGAGCAGUUUGCCCUUGGCACAGCUUCGUCACGAACCAUGUGGUGCCAAUCUAUCGAUUGAUCUUCCUAGGCAUUUUGGUGCUACUUCUUCGACGUUUGCCCAUGCUUAUGGCCUUUCAAAAGGGCAUACACCAAGUCCAGAAUUGGCGAGAAGCAUUCUUCAUGGGCUUCUUCGGACCUAUUGGAGUCAGUGCCAUUUUCUACCUCUACGUUGCCCGCGAAUUCUUGCGAGAGAUCGAGGUAGACGGCGUACAGCGGGAAGAUGCUGCCCGACUGAGUGAGGUCCUCAAUGAAGUGGUCUGGUUCCUCACCAUAUGCUCCAUCUUUGUCCACGGUCUCUCGAUUCCAAUCGGCAAACUAGGGGUAUACUUACCUCGAACCAUCUCCAAUGAAGGACUGUCGGGACUAAUCUCACGCACAUCCACAAUUUCGAGGCAAGACAAUCCAGCCCCACCAAUUUAUAAGACUCCUGGUGCCCAAGGUCCAGCUGGAAGCAAAGGCGACGGGAGCAAUGAGGCGUCUGCGUCUGCGUCUGCGUCUGCAUCGGCACCAAAUCUUACUCGACUGCGUAAUGAUGGAACACCAGAAGGUCCGUCGACUCCAGCCUCUGCGGUUUGGCAACGAAGCAUCAAAUUUCAUGAUGGCAAUGAUCCGCUAGCGGUAGGCUCUACUUGA